AUGGACCUGGUCGUAACGCAGGAGCUGGCCCGCGCCCAGAGCCAGCAGGAUGCUGCCUCCCUGAAGAGGGCUUACCAGCUGAUCAAGUCCGCCAACCUGGGGAAGUCAGAGCUUGACCCCACAGAAGGCUUCAGCCCCGACCUGUUUGUUUUGUGUGCGGAACAGGCUCUGAAGAUGGGGCAGCCAGAGGUGAGCGAGGACUGCCUCCGGAUGUACUUCAAGGUGAAGGGGCCGGUCACCCAGUUUCUGGGCCGAGCGCACCUGUGCAGGGCCCAGCUGCGUGCCCCCAAGUCCACCGAAAACAUGGAGGAUUUUGAAAACUGCAUAACACAGUAUAUGAAGGCGAUCAACUUUGCAAAAGGAGAACCAAGGUAUUACUUCCUGGUGUAUAACGCCUCGGUCCUCUACUGGCAAAUGGUGAGGCCGUUUCUCAAGCCUGGAUAUCAUCACCUCCUGAUCCCCAGCCUCUCCCAAAUUGUGAACGUGUUGAAUCAGACUGAGGAGGAGGACAAGGACUGGCGGGCAGAGCUGAUGCUGGAACUUCUGGAGUGUUAUCUACAAGCUGGAAAAAAUGAGGAGGCUAUGAAGUUUUGCGCCACCGCGGCACCGUUCAUCAAGGCUCACGUGCCACAGAAAUAUCGGCAGAUAUUUGCUUCCAUGGUCCGGCACGAAUUAAUGGACGAGCUCCAGUUAAAGGAAGAAAAGAGAAGUUCUGUUAGCCUGUCUGUCACUUUCCAGAUUAAUAUGCUACAAGCAAAAUUGGAUAAAAAUGAUUUACCUGAAGAUGUCAACACAAUUCUGAAGGAUACCUAUGAACAUUUAAGUUCUUACAAUCACCAGCACUUUUCUUCAGUCAGGGAGGAAAAAAUUCUUUUGCUUUUUGAAUUAGCUCACCUUUCUCUGAUCUUGAAAUGUGGGGAGAUCGCCUCUGACUGCCUCUCAGACUUGAAGAAGAUGGACAGCAAAGAUCCUGGGAAGCUGAUUGAAAUCGAAUGCCUGGAGUAUGAACUGGAAGCUGUAAGACUUAAAAAUAAAAUUAAAAUCUACGCCCGAGAGGCUGUGGAGAGCCAGCUGAACAUCGUACAGAGACUGGACGUGGCGCUCCAGAGAGCCGUGCGCCUGGGCGACCCGCGGGUCAUCCACGUGGUGUGCGCCACGCAGUGGAACACGUGCCUCCCGCUGCUGCAGCACAACCUGCGCCGCCACCUGCGGAAGCCCCUGAGCAGCAUCGCGGAGGCCCUGGAGAAGGCGGACAGCCUCAUGGUCCAGCUCCACUGCCAAGUGCACAUGGAGGUGGCGCACAUCGAGGAGGACGAGGACCGGCUGGAGCCCGCCAUGCAGCACCUGAAGAAGGCCAUGCUCCUGGACAGCCUGGGCCUCUACCAGGACAAGCUCAAGCUGGCCAUCAACCGCCUGCACCUCUGCACCCUGCUGUACCAGGUCCCCGAGCGUGCCGAGGACAAGGCCACCCUGGCCAUCGAGCAGGCAAAGAAAGCGAUGCCCAAGGACAGUGUGCGCGAGAAUCGGGCGCUGCUGGUGAACGCCGGCCUGGCCCUGGCCCCCGACAGCUUUCAGAUCGUGCUCGACAGCGAGAACGAGACCAAAGUGUCCACCGGGAAGAGCCGGGGCCGCUUCACCCACCUGUUCGCGAAGGCGCGGCACCACUGCCUCAGCGUGGACAAGGCGGCGGGGCACCUGCGGCGCCUCGGGGGCCAGAACGACCAGGAGAGGAUAUGGAUCUGGGCGGAGCUGGCCAAGGUGGCCCGGAAGCAGGGCGUGUGGGACGUGUGCCGGACGGCCAGCCGCUUCUGCCUGCUGUACGACAACAUCAAGGAGAAGAAGCCGGCGACGUUGAAGCGAGGGAAGAAGAAGAAGCGCGGGGACGGCACCGGGCGGGACUCCUGGGGCCAGUCGGACGUCACCCUGCGGAGGCAGGCGUCCCCCAGCCUGCUGCGCACGUUCGCGGAGGUGGGCUUCAUCAACGCCGAGGCCACCGUCCAGCUGCUGUGGUCGGAGGGCGUGCAGCUACACGACCGCCCCACGCCCCCCGAGGACCUGAGCCAGCACCCGGCGGGCUGCUUUCCCGAGUCCCCGGAGGACAACGCCGAGUGGAUCGUGUACCGGACCUGGAUAGAGGGCCUGUCGCAGCUCGCCAUGCACAGCUGGCUGCGCUCGGCGGACAUCGGGCGGGAGAUACAGGAGGCCUGGAUCGUGCAGAACGCCGUGGCCUACGUCCUGAACCACAACCAGCAUCUCAUCACGGCCGGGCGGCAGAGGGAGAUCGUGGACGCUUUGCACCACCUCCUGGACAGCGUCAAGGCCACGGGCCACGGCGGGGACGCGGUGCUGCUCUCCAGCCUCUGCACCGCCCUGGCGCGAGGCCUCAUCAUCCGCUGGAUCCCGGCCCCGUCGCCGGAGAAGUCCCGGAGGCAGGCGCGCGCCAACCCACCUCACACGCCGCUGGACCCCGAGGCCGCCUCUGACGUCAGGACCGCGGUGGAGGUCUGCGCGUUCGCCCUGAACCUGACCCGUGGGACGGCGCCCGAGGGGGUGCCCCUGAGCGCCCGGCAGCAGCUCCUCGCCACGUGGGUGAAGGCCAAGCAGCUGCUGCAGGAGCAGGUCGGACCACGGCUGGGCACGGACGAGCAGAGCGCCAGCGAGGACGUCAGCCCGGUGACCAGAGUCCUCGUCGCUCUGGAGAUGUACUCCUGCAACGGGCUGGGCCUCAUGGACUUCACCGUGCCCCCCUUGGCCCAGCUGGUGAAGAUGGCCUCGGCGUGCAGCUGGUCCGACCCCCUGGUGGAGCUGCAGACGCUGACGCGGCUGACGCACGUCACCCACGUGGCCCGGGACCACGAGGCCACCAUGGCCUGCGCGCAGAAGGCCGUCCAGAUGGGCAUCAGGCACCUGCGGGCCUGCCGUCCGGCGGAGACUGAGCUGGUGGCGGAGAUGCUGAGCUCGGCAGCCUGCAUCCAGGGCAGGAGCAUCAUGGAGAACCUCCAGGGGCGGAAGCAGCUGCGCCUGGCGGCCUCCAAGGCCUUCGUAGAGAGUGCGAGGUUUGGCGGCAUCGCGGGGAGCAGCGCGCUGGUGAUGCGGGCGGCGCGGCACUUCUGGAACGCCUGGCUCCCGCGGCUCUGCUCCGCGGCCGGCAGGAGGACGUGCAGGGACGCCACCCAGAGGCUGCUCCGCCUCAUCCGCAAGACGGAGGCCAGAGGGCAGGAAAAAGGGAAAACACUGCUUCUACACCAGUGGCCCACAGCCGACUUCCAAAGCGGAGGAACGACAGAAGGGAGUUUUCUCUCAGGGGCUGAGGACGACCUGACGCUGCGGGCCGCGCUCUACGGGCUGCUCUUCCACAGCCACGCUGACCAGGACGACUGGGAGGGCGGCCUCAAGGUGCUGGACGAGGCCGUGCAGGUGCUGCCGCGGACGGCCCACCGCCUCUUGAUUUUCAAACACAUGGUCAUCGUGAAGGCCAGGCUUGGCCAGAACUUCACGAUGGAGAUUCAGAAAUUCAGAGACCAGAGUGAGAGCUACUUGGCGCACAUGUGGCGGCGCCUGGCCCACAACUCCAAGAGCGUCCACGGGGAGCUGACCUGCUACCACAACGCCAUCCAGGCCCUGCAGAAGCCAGAGAGCGAGUGGCAGAAGGUUGACUACAUCAUCGAAUUCAGCGAGUGGCUGUACCACAGACAGUUUCCUCUCGAAGACGUCACCUUCCACCUCAAGUGGGCCAUCAGCAUCCUGCUGAAGAUGCGGCCGGACAGGGGCUCCCCUGAGCCGGCGGGCGCGGGGGCCGCAGGAGAGCAGGCGUCCGCUCCAGCAGCCCCAGGGGGCCCGGGGGCUGAGGACGUGGGUCCCCCCUCCCUGGAGACGCUGCGGAACGUGCGGCAGCUGGAGACGCUGGCCCGCGCCUACACGCAGCUGGCCCUGGUGGUGACCCCGAGCGCUGCCUGCCACCAGGACUGCUGCCUCAUGGCCUACAGCUUCCUCCACCGCAUCUGGCAGUUUCAAACCCCCGCUCCUGGCAAACGCCUUGAAGACUUACCAGCAAGCCUAGAAGAGUGGGCUUCCUACGCUUGCCCCGAAGAAGCCAUAUCUGUGUUUACACAGGAUCAGAGCAACUUUGCUGUCAACCCAUCAACUAUCCAGAAGCCGACGUACAGUUUAUAUUACCUGGACCACCUGGUCAAGGCCCUGCAGAAGAUGUUCCUUCACGAGCUCACAGUCCCGGUCCUGCAGCUGGGGGCCCUCAUUGCAGCCUCCGUGGUCGGAAGCAAGAGCCUCAAAGACCUCUACCACCUGCGGCUUGCCCUGGUGUGUUCUGAUUUGAAGUUGAGGGAAGCAGCCACUUACCACGAGGAGGCAGCCGGGCAGGCCUACAUCUGCGAAGCGGAGCAGGCGAGCUGCAGAAAAGAAAUUGCCUUGAAAAAGGAGAAAAAUAAGGAACCUCUAUUAGAAGAAAGUCUGCCAACACUGAACGAGUCCCCCACACCAGCCCAGCAAGCAGAGAUGAAGCCCCUCGUAGCAAAGGACAAGAUUUUGAAGAUAAACGGGGAGACCGGCCGGGGCCUGGAGGGAACGUCCUUCCCGCAGCUGUGGCUCCUCAAGGCCCAAGUCCUGCUGGAGAUGGACCAGCACCAGCCUGCACGGCUGCUCCUGUCGGAAGCGUGCCAGGCCUUCCAGGAGCUCGACGAUCCUUGUGCAGAGUCGAAAUGCCUGCACCUGUUGGCUCAGCUGGCAAACAAAGAAAGGAAGUACGGGCAAGCUAGGAAGAUGCUGGAGAGGGCCCAGCGCCUGGGAGGGGACGAGGAGUUCUGGUACAGCUCUACCCUGACCCUGGCCGACACGCUCCUGUCCACCGAGAACACGAGGAGAGAGGUGCUGGUCUGCCAGCUGUUCCAGAAGCUCAUCGACACCUUCGACGUCCUCAAGAGAGAGAGACCGAACCGAAUGGCCGUGCUGGAAUUCAUGACCACAGACCUAGAAGCCAGGUGUGUGAGCCUCCAGAUCAAAGCGGUCCAGGCGCCUGUGGGCUCCGUGCCCCUCGAGAACGCGUUUCUGCGGAUGGAGCUGGAGGAUCGCUUGUUGGAAAUUGAGGAGAAGUUUACCAGCAUUGGCCACAAGGAGAAGCGUGUGGACGUCAUUCUGGAGCGGGCCGAGAUGAAGAGACUAUCCGCCCAAAACGAGAGAGAUGGAGAGCAGAAAACUGCGUGUUACUUGGCAGCGUACGAGCUGGUCCAGAGAGCUGUGGCUGAAGAGGAGGAGCUCUUUCACAGUAUCCAGGGCUUACUGUCCCUUCAGGAGUUGCAGAACGUCAGCAGCCCCCUGAUGCGGAGGCUGGCGCGUCUCAAGCUCGGCCUCGCGGAGGUGUGUGUGGACGCGCUGCAGCUCAUGUGGGAGGAGACCCUGGAGCGGCAGUGGGAGCAGGGCUCCGUGGACAGGCUGCUGGCCGAGUACCUGCAGAGCCCCGGUGACUACACUUCUGUCGGCCUGACGUGGUUCUCCCUGAAGCGGACCCUGGCGCACGAUGUGCUGGCCCAGCUGGGGAGCCUGCAGCCGCUGUGUGCCGGCUGCGUGGAGCUGCGCGCCCGGCACCUGGGCCUCGCCGGGAGGGCCCUGCACCUGCUGGCCGUGCACGCGGACCCCCUGCGCCCCUCCUGCUACUGGGAGGAGAGCCUCUCGGGGGGCGCUGAGCUGAGCAGCCACAAGUGUCCGGAGAGCACGCAGGAGGACGAGGACCGCGAGGGGCCCUACAGCGACCUGCCGGCCUUCAGGGCCGCCCCCGAGGAGCACGGCAGGAGAGGCUGGGAUCUGAAGAGGAGGAUGGCGCUGGCCCAGCGGUACCUGGCUCAGGCGUCCGAGGUGUUGCUGCAGUGCCUGCAGGUGGCCCUGGGCAGCCGCCUCCUGGAUGUCGCCGCGGCCGCCAGCUUGGAGAUGGUGGAGUGCAUCGGCACCCUGGACCCCGCGGCCACCUGCCAGUUCCUGGCGCUGUCUCAGAGCUGCUCGGCCUCAGAGGGGAUGCGGGAUGUCCUGCUCGCGGCCACGGCCAACACCAGCAGCUCACAGCUGGCCGCACUGCUGCAGCUCCAGCACAGCCUGCGGCGCCAGGGGAGGAUGUCCACCAACCUGUUUGCCAGCGUGGAGCAGAGACUGGCCGCUAUAUCCAAGGCUUGGCAAAACCUCCGGGUCACCGAGCAGCACUUUAACCUCUUGAGCGAAAUUCCUCCCAGUUUUCGGAUCCUGUUUCUGCACCACUCACGGGACAGAACCCAUCUGUACGGCGCGGCCUGCGAGAAACCCAAGGUCAUCCCUGCAGCCAAAGGCAAAGUGCUCCAGGUGGGGGGCUCCUGCAAGGUGGCUCGGGUGGCCGUGAGCCCGGCCGCCUUCUCCUGCCUGUUGGCCAGCGCCCAGCAGUUCCGGGAGCAGGCUCAGGCCAAGGCGUACGGGGAGGACAUGGCCCUGAGCCCAGGCCUGGAGUCCGCGGGCGCGCCCCUGAGGAAGGAGGAGCCUCGGCAGAGCGGCGCGGAGGUCGUGAAGCCCUUGGAGGACUACCUGCGGCCGCUGCUCCCGCUGCUCAGCUGCGCCCCCGAGGCCAGUGCACCCAUUCCCACAGUUGCUGUGGAUUCGGGAAAAUCCAAAGGCAAAGACAAGCAGAGGAAAGCGUCCCUGCCGCAGGAGCAGCCCGAGGUCGCAGACAACAUCAUCCUGGUCGCGGACAGGCAUCUUCUGGAGCUGCCGCUGGAGGGCCUGUCUGUGUUCCGUGAAGGGUCGGUCUCCUCCGUGUCCCGGGAGUUCUCUCUGCAGCUGCUGUGGAACCGCCUCCAGGGAGAGGAGACAGAAGGGAAUGUGAAAAAGGAGAGCCGAGGCACAGAUCGCAAAAAGGGAAGCAGAGCAGGGAAGGGCCCAAAGGGCAGCAGGUCCCGCGUCGUGCCCCCCGGCUGCAUCACGGUUGAUGCGGACAACUUCAGAUUCGUCGUGGACCCCUACGAGGAGGCCCAGGGCCCGGAAAUGCUGACUCCUGUCUCCGUGACCCGGGGCAUUUUGGAACGAUUCCAAGACACGUUCACUGCGAGGUGGACGGGGCAUCUGGGGAAUAAGCAGUUUCCCAGCCAGGCCGAGUGGGAGCAGCUCCUGGGCAGCUGCCAAGGCUUCUUCUUCUACGGGAUGGAGAGCUUCCUGUCCCACAUCCUAGUGGAACGGUUGGCCGCCAUGAACUUAGCGGGGUGCCAGAUGGCAGUCCUGCUGGACCUGGCGCGGUCCGACGAGAGCGUGCGGCGCCACAUGGAGACCUCGGAGGACAAGAGCGCGCUCCAGCUGUCCUUGGAGGAGCCCAUCGAGACGGCCAUGCUGCUGAGUCUGGGGGGCGUCAGGAGCAUCGUGGCCAACCAGUGGCCGACGGGCCUGCGGGACAACGCGAUGCGGGCCAGCGCCCUGUGGGAACAUCUGCUGGCAGCUGGCAAGCCGAUAGGGAGGGCGACCCGCCUCCUUCAGACGAUGGGAGCCGAGGACGCUGCCAGCCAGGAUGACUGUCCACAGACCCGGAAGGACAGGCCGGCGCUCCUGCGGCCGCUGCAGGGCUCAGAGCGGCUGCGCAUCGUCCUCAACCUGGUCCUCUACGGGCUGCCGCACCAGGCCGUCGUGUGA